GUCACAUUUCGCCCAAAACGGUCACCACACCACUACAUCAAGCUGAGAGUGUGUCCAGUAACAAUCCAUACCACCAUCAAUACGUUUAGUCUGGUGCAAACCCCAACUUGAGAAGGAAGAGCUCAGCUGCACGGCACAAGGACCCUUCUCACGCUACAAUGUUCAUUACUACAAAAAUUGCCGACUUGGUGCAGAUUGCACCCGAGGACUUUAGCAAAGAGAGUUUCGUCGCGAUUGAAGACAACAUCAACGCCAAAUAUGCAAACAAGGUAGUACAGAAAGUCGGCCUUUUCGUCUGCUUGUGGGAUGUCACUUGGACCUCAGAAGGUCAGAUAGGUCAUGGCAGUGGUUUAGUCAAUGUGAACGUUGAGUUCGAGAUGGUGGUCUUCAGGCCAUUCAAGCACGAAGUAAUUCUCGCACGCAUCACCCAUCAGACCGAGGAAGGCAUAUACCUUGGCAUGGACUUCUUUAACGAUAUCUUUGUUCCCGCCGCGGAGCUGCCGGACAACUCAGAGUUCGACACAACCGAGAAGGUCUGGGUAUGGAAGGAAGAAGGCCAGGAGCUGUACUUUGACAAUAACGAGAUGGUCCGCUUCCGAGUUAUCGGCGAGGAGUGGCACGACCAAACACCAACAGGCCCAGUGGAAGUUGACCAGACUGCAAACCAGCUCCUACCGCCAUAUAAGAUCACGGGUUCCAUGAAGGAAGGAGGACUGGGAUGCUGUCUAUGGUGGGAGUAGAAUGGCCCACUCCGUCACACAGGCGAGAGAAUCCAGGCCUAGACCAAGCAUUGGGAGGGGCGUUUUAUCUUAUUAUCCAAUUAUAUUUCUGCACCCUAAACUGAUGGCGGCGUGUAUAAUUUUGUGGUCUGGUUUCGUGGCAUCUCAGGUUAGGCCGUUUGUUUAGUUUAUGCCGUAAUGCCCUCAAGAAGACGCUCCUCAACAUCGUCGAGGACCGAGUAAUGCUCGAUAACCGCGAGGUUCUCGGCCUCGGCCUUGAACUGCUUAUCGGGAUCGACGCCGGGGCCAAACAUUUGGGGCGCCGCGCCCAUCCCUCCCAUCUGCUGAGCCAUUUGGCUUGCAGCUGUCACAAACC